AUGGAUCACACGCAAACCUUGCCAGACGACGUGCUCGCCAGCAUCCUCGGCCUCCUCCUGCCGCGUGACCUCGCCGCCUCCCGCUGCGUGCGCAAGGCGUGGCUAGCCAUCGUCGACGCCCAUCGGCUGUUGCUCCCGCACAUCCUCCCGCACUCGGUGCGCGGUCUCUUCUUCAACUACGUCGAUUUCCAUCGCCCGCACUUCUUUGCCCGCCCCUCAGCGCAGCCCGCGAUUAAUGGCAACCUCAACUUUUUACCACAUCACCACCAUCAUUUCAACACAAUCUUGGAUCACUGCAACGGCCUCUUGUUAUGCAAUGACGCACCGAGCACGCGCUGCGUGGUUAACCCUGCCACGAGACAGUGGGAUAAUCUGCCUUGGAAGUAUGAGAAUGCUAACCCGCAUCUUGUGUUUGACCCCGCCGCCUCACCACAAGGUCGUUUCUCCGUGAAUGUGGGGCUGCAGGGACAAUGGCUGAUGCACGACUAG